UUCAUUAUUUUUUUGUUUCCAUUCACGAUGCCCUUUCAACUCUUACGCUUACAAUCUACGGAUUUCCAGCUCUAAAGCCAAUUAAGGUGCUGCAUUUUUCACUAUUUUUUUUUUGUUUUCAAAUUUUCCCUAUGUUGAAUCCUUCGAAAAAUGGUAACAAAUCCCUUUCCCCAACCGCCCAUCUGCCUAAAUUAAAGAAAAACAAACAAAGAGAGAAGCUGAGAGGAAACUUGUAAGUUUUUGCACACCAUGUGUUCGAUGAAAUGCGUAGCUGAGUUUGUCUGUGUGGUUUGUUUCUAGAGUUGAUUGGUUCUGAAAAUUUUGGUUUCUUGAUUGUGGCUUGCAAAAAGCAUGGCGAGAUUAGGGAGGAUAAUGGGGUGGCUUCAAAUCAUGUUGGGUGGGCUUGUAAUUAUCGCCAGCAUAUCGACAUUAUUCAUGUUCUACUCUGCUGGUUUUUUCCUUCACAACGACGACAUAUGCCGGCAUUUCUACGGCUCGAACAAGUUCAACAACGUUGUCAACUACGAAAACAACUUUGAUCUCGCCGCACUCACUUCCCGUGUCGAGGAAGUGCUGAGCAAGUUGGAAACUCUUCAAGACAAGCUCGAAUCCACCGUUCAAGAAAUGGACAAGAACAAAGAUAAACUCCACAGAAGCAACAUUUCAAGAUUGGAGUACAAGAGAUUCUUGGAGAUCGAGGUGAUUAGGCCACUCUACAAUGCCCACAUUGCCCUCCGGCAAAUUCGCCUGCCGAAAAUCGAUCCCAACAAAAACGAAACCCUCGUCGAGGACCCUCUAAUCAACACUUUCGUAGUCGAAGAGAUUCGGAAGUACAUAACCCCCAAGGAGAACCGAGCGGGCAAGAUCAACAUAUACGGUACGGAAAAAGUGUACAACACAAUCGGUCACGCUUGCGUGACGAUGAAAACCGAAUUGGAGGAGUACAUGGAUUACGAUGUCGGGUCGUACUGUAAAGACGAUUGGAUUUUCGGGCAAAAGCUCAUGAUUCGCGGGUGCGACCCGUUGCCUAGGAGAAGAUGCUUGACUAGAGCCUCUAAACUCUACUUAAGGCCUUACUCGAUAAACGAGUCCCUCUGGAGAAUACCCGAAGGAAGAAACGUGAGGUGGAGCAAUUAUCAAUGCAGAAACUUCGAGUGCUUGUCUAGCAAAAACACGAAAAGGGGUUACUCCAAGUGCACCGGUUGUUUCGAAAUGGAAAAAGAAAAGCUCAAAUGGGUAACGACCAACACUUCUUUACCGAUCGAUUUUUCAAUUAAAGACGUAUUAGCAGUAAAACCAGGGGAAGUAAGAAUCGGGCUCGAUUUCGGUAUCGGAACGGGUACUUUCGCUGCAAGAAUGAGGGAGGAGAAUGUGACUAUUGUAUCCACGGCGUUGAAUGUGGGGGCCCCGUUUAGUGAGACGAUUGCUCUAAGGGGGUUGAUUCCUCUGUACGUAACUUUGAACCAACGGCUGCCUUUCUUCGAUAACUCGAUGGAUUUGAUCCACACCGCUGGAUUUAUGGACGGUUGGAUCGAUUUGCAGUUGCUGGAUUUCAUAUUGUUCGAUUGGGAUCGGGUUUUGAGGCCCGGUGGAUUGCUGUGGGUCGAUCGGUUCUUUUGUAAGCGGAAAGAUUUGGAUGAUUACAUGUACAUGUUUUUGCAGUUCAGGUAUAGAAAACAUAAGUGGACAAUUGCUGCCAAGUCUGACGACGAAGUCUUUCUCUCUGCAUUGCUCGAGAAGCCUCCGAGAUCUUUGUAAUAUUCCGAGAUGAGUAUAAUUUUCCAUAUUUUUUUUUUAAUUUGGUUUCGUUAUAACUUAUAGGUAUAGAUAGUGAGGACGUUUUGAAUUCGUUUUCUUCUCUUGUAUUCGAGGACUAAUUAACUGCAUAUGUUUUGCAUCUAUAUGUUUUGCAGAACAACAUAACAAGUAUAACAAGUAUUUGAUUUCUUUGAUUAUGUUAAUGAGUUGUCCUUGAAUA